UGCAAAUCCUGGACAAGAGCUAAGUGCUUUUAGCAGUUUCCAGGACAAGAAACCUUCACAACAUCUCCAGGAUCUCAGAGUGGAUCAUCUCAGUCCUAAUGCACCUGUAAAUGAACUAACCCUUGACGCAACGGUUCUACUAGAGGACUGUCCGCAGAACAAGUCGGAGGCUUUGCUCAGAGGAGAAGGGAGAUCAGUACAGGUAUCUUCUUCGAAGAUUAAUAUUUCUAGAGAGGAGCUUGACCUUGAGCUUCGCAAAGUAAAUACCGUUGGCGUUGCAGAUGACAUACUGUCAAGGCAGGAGGACCCACUAAUUUGUGAACUGGAGUCUCGUCCAGUGUCCCCGAACGCUUGUCUUUUCAGCCUUCCUCCCAGCUCAAAGGAAGCAAAGAUCGGAGCUGAGGUCGAACAAGAGCAUGGGCCUGAACGCGAUGGAGCUUUUUUCCACCGUUCAGGGUCGUCAAAACAGGAAGUAGUUGCAAUAGGUCCUUCUGCGCAACCAGGAGCUACUUCUUCGGAACGACAACCUGGAGCUAUUACCACUGAUAGUUUCAUCUCUGAACAAACUGUAGUAGCUGCAGUGGUUUCCGACGUUAGCGGAGUUUCACCAGUGAAGGUAAGUGGUACAGGCGAUUCAGGUUCGACUGCAGACGAUGG